AAUCAGUGUAAAAGUGACAACUGGUGAAAGAAUGUCUUAUUCCAUCAUAAAAAAUUAUAGUACGAUUAAUUUUUCAAUAGCUUUUAAUUUCUUCGAUAGACAAUACAUCAUUCAUAAUAACUAUUUUUAAUUGUUAAUCAUAGUGACAGUUAAGUAGUUCUUUUUUAACGGCUGUAUCUUACGAAGAGUUUAAAAUGCAUCUAUUAAAGAAUAUUAUUAAUUAUAUAAUAUCUGUAGGUGAUCCACGAAUAAAAGAUUCGAUAUUAUUUAAUACAUGGCUACUUAUUUUUAUAAUCUUUUCAUAUUUCUAUUUUAUUUUCGUCUGUGGUCCUCGAUUUAUGAAGAAUAGAAAGCCAUAUUCUUUGAAAACGUUUAUUAGAUAUUAUAAUGUUUUUCAAAUAAUGAUAAAUAGUUUUAUUGUUUAUAUAUUAAUAAGUGCCGGUUGGUUUACCACGAUUCCGUUACAUUGCAUACCUAUGAAGUACGGUACAGAUCCUGAUAGUAUGAAGCUAUUAAAUGCCUGCUGGUGUGCGUACAUAACAAAAUUGAUUGAUCUAAUAGAAACAGGAAUAUUUGUACUCCGAAAGAAAGAUCAGCAGAUUUCAUUUCUGCAUUUGUAUCACCAUGUCUCAACAGUAUUGAUCAGUUGGUUGUUUGGAAGGCAUUACUCCGAUGGAAUGGGCACAUUUCUUCCUUUAGUGAAUUGUAGUGUACACGUGAUAAUGUACACAUAUUAUUUCUUUAGUACAUUUGGUCCAAAUAUCCGAAAGAUUCUUAAUCGAUAUAAAUACUUCCUUACUAUCAUUCAAAUGGUACAAUUCAUAAUAUUAAUUUGUUACAUCAUUCAAAUAUUAUUACCGAGUUGCGAGAUAGACAAUAUUCCUGGUGUGAUAAUGAUUAUCAAUCUUUCUAUUAAUUUCUUCUUGUUUUAUAAUUUCUAUAGGAAAACUUAUUUAACUAAAAAAACGAAAUAGAGUUAUUAUAAAUAUUAAUUGUUUAAAUAUAUAAUGUUUUUUCUUUCUUUUUAAUUUUAAAUUAUCUGUAUGUAUCUUAUAGAAAUAAGUUUUGCGUUUUGUUAAUAAAUAUUACGCAAAUUAA